AUGGUCAACCCCAUGAUGUUCUUAGACAUUACAGCCGAUGCCGAGGCCUUGGCCCGCAUCUCUUUCGAACUAUUUGCAAACAAAGUUCCAAAAAAUUUUCAUGCUCUGAGCAAUGGAAAAAAAGGAUUUAGAUACAAGGGUUUCUCCUUUCACAGAAUUAUCCCAGGAUUCAUGUGCCAGGGUGUUGACUUCACAAGCCAUUACGGCCCUGGCGGCAGGUCCAUCUACGGAGAGAAAUUUGAGAAUCAGAACUUCAUCUUAAAGUGUACAGGUCCUAGCAUCUUGCCCAUGGCAAAUGCUGGACCAAACACAAAUGGUUCCCAGUAUUUUAUCUGCACUACCAAGACUGAGUGGCUAGAUGGCAAACAUGUGGUUUUGGGGAAGGUGAAAGAAGGCACGAACAUUGUGGAAGCCAUGGAGCAUUUCCAGUCCAAGAAUGGCAAGACCAGCAAGAAGAUCACCAUUUCUGAUUGUGGACAACUCUAA